CUUUAUAACAAAGGAAACACAAAAAUAUCCCAAUUACUGAUAAAUCUUUAAUUUUUCGAUCACCCCCUUCUUCUUCUUCAUCUUGCUUCACUUUUGCAACAGAAAAUAAGCAAUCUUUCUUUCUGUUUCUAUUUCAAUUUCUGGUUUUGUUUUCGUUUUCGCCAUGUCUGAUGAGCCACAAGGUUUUUGCAGAUGUUGCUGCAGUUUCAUCUUUACUUUAGGCCUCACAGCCCUCUUCAUGUGGCUAAGUCUUCGUUCUGAGAAGCCUAAAUGCUCCAUACAAGACUUCUAUCUUCCAGCUCUCAACAAAUCUUUAAACUCUCCAAACAAUACCACUCUUUACUUCAAGUUAAAGCUCCAAAACCCCAACAAAGACAAGGGUAUUUUUUACGAUCCCGUUAACGUUACUAUCUAUAACAAAUCGAAUACCACCACCUCCUACAUUGGAAGCCACGUGGUUCCCAAUUUCUAUCAAGGGCACAAGAAGACAGCAAGGAAAGACGGCAACGUUACGGCUGAAAAGGAUGUGCUUGAACAGGCGGUUUUUGCCAACAGGACGGCGGUUUUCAGGUUGAAUUUAGCGACGAAGGUGAGGUUCAAGAUCAUUUUUUGGAAGACUAAGAGGUAUAUGAUCAUGGUUGGGGCCGAUGUGGUGGUCAACGAUAAUGGCUCAAAAGACCCCGUCGGACAGAAGAAAAGGAAGGACGUUAAGCUAUCUCAAGCUCCAGUGAGCUCGAGGUUUUGUGGAAUUGUGGGAAUUUUGUUGAAUUUUUUGGUUUUUAUUUUGCUUAAUUUCUAGUAAAUCUUGAUGCUUUUACAAAUCAUUUGGACUUUUGUGUUUUUCUUUCUUAAUUUAUUUUGAUAUCGCUGCUGUAAAAAAUUUUCCUUUUCUAUCAGAGAUAUAGAAAAGAGAAAAUUAUGUUUUAUCAAGAUGCUUCAGAGAAAGUAUUCUGCAGUGCUGUUCUGAUGUCAAGGAGACAACUUUGUUUAGUUAUCAAUUAUUGGCUAUUUCUUGGCCUCUCGAGUUGAGCUCAAUUUCUGGGAAAUGGGCACAUAGUUUCCCUCCCUCUGUUUUUUCUCUUUGUGGAAAAGUAACCUGCAACUUCUCUUAAAGACUGAUAUCCUUGAAGUCUCACAGUAUGUUCCUUUUUCUUUGGGUUUAAGUGUGAAUGUAAGUUGGUCUUUGAUAAUGACUGAUAUUUAUAUAUAUGUUAUUGAUUAUGCA